CCUUGCCGGCAGGUGCCCAAGCUUCGUGAUCAGCACCAUGGACAGCGCCCGCGAAGUGACUCAGGGCCGCUUGGACGCCGCGGGCUUCUGGCAGGUCUGGCAGCGCUUUGACGCGGAUGAAAAAGGUUACAUAGAAGAGAAGGAGCUCGAUGCUUUCUUUCAUCACGUGUUGACGACACUGGGUACUGAGGAGGCAGGCAUGGAAGAAAAUGUGCAGAGAAUGAAACAGCAAUUUAUGGCUCCCCAGGAUGUCUCUAGAGAUGGCCGCGUGCAGAUGAAAGAGCUUGCCAACAUGUUCUUGUCUGAGGAUGAAAACUUCCUUCUGUUCUUCCGUCAGGAAACCCCCUUGGACAGCAGUGUGGAGUUUAUGCAGAUUUGGCGCAAAUACGAUGCAGACAGCAGUGGCUUUGUAUCAGCUGCUGAGCUGCGGAACUUCCUCCGAGACCUCUUCCUCCACCACGAAAAGGCCAUUUCUGAGGCUAAGCUGGAAGAAUAUACUGGCACCAUG